AUAUUGCUAGGAUCCUUUCCCUCCUCCAUAGGCAAAGUUAUAUCAGUAGGUUUCCUUUCCUCUUCCACAGGCAUCAUUAUACCAAUAGGUUCCUUUUCCUCUUCCACAGACAUAUUUAUUAUAUCCAUAGAUUCCUUUUCCUCUUUCACAGGCAUAGCUAUUAUAUCCAUAGGUUCCUUUUCCACUUCCACGGGUAGAGUUGUUAUAUUAAUAGGUUCAUUUUCCUCUUCCACAAGCAUAAUUAUAUCAAUAGGCUCCUUUUCCUCUUCCACAGGCAUGGUUAUUAUAUCCAUAGGUUCCUUUUCCUCUUCCACAAGCAUAGUUAUUAUUUCAGUAGGUUCCUUUUCCUCUUCCACAGGCACCAUAAAUACAUCAUUGGAUUUCUUUUCCUCUUCCACAGGCAUAGUUAUUAUAUCCAUAGGUUCCUUUUCCUCUUCCACAGAUAUAGUUAUUAUAUCAAUAGGUUCCUUUUCCUCUUCCACAAGCAUAGUUAUUGUAUCCGUAAGUUCCCUUUCCUCUUCGACAGGCACAGUUAUUAAAUCAUUGGGUUCCUUUUCCUCUUCU